UUACUGGCAGUAGUGCUAUGCAACUCACAGCUAUUGGAGCUUAGAUCAGCGAAUAUGCAAUUCGCUAUAGUUGCCGCCGCAGACUACCACAGCACGCGUUACAAGGCGCACUUACUGCCGCAACGAAGCAUCGCUUUGGCGAACUGUAGAUGUCGAUUGUGGAGUAGAAAGCAGGGACGACAGUUAUCACCGCCGUCGUUCUGUUCGUCGUGCGAAGAAUGCGAACACCGCUGCUCGCAUAUAAAUGAGGAUGCAGGCGACACCAUGCCCGAUAAUUUCAAAUUGUCAUUCGCACUCGCCAGAACAUACACAAGACCAAACGCGGCACACGCGGCGUAUGAGCAAGCAAAAAUUAAUAAAGAAACUACUUAAAACGAAAAUAAGAGCGCAAUCGGUGUACAGUUACAGUGAAUAGCAUUAAGAACUAACAAUUUUACAAUAAAUAAUCAAAAAAUAAUUAUUUUUAUAGAGGAGAAGACAUUUAAAAGUAACUGCAGAAAAUUGCAGAAAUCAUCGAGUUGCAAAAGCGGUGCACAAGUGUAAAGAAGGAAGUGAAAAGAUUAGUCAUAUUUUUAAAUAGUACACAACAACAAAUACAACACGAGGAAUAAGUGCAAUAAGUGCUAAAAUUUAUUAAUAUUUUUCGAGAAUAGUUAACUAAACUAUUCAAAUUCAAAAACAAAUAAAAACUGUAAAUAAAACAACGGAAAUGCUACCAAAAAUAUUUCACAAAAUUGUUAUUGCCGUGCUGGUUUUAUUUGUGCUAAUGCCAAGCAGCCAGUGUGGACCGUUGCCAAAAGUGGAUGAGCAACAACUUUCGAAAAUACCGCAAUGGCAUUGUUUGCGCUACUUUAAACACGAUUUGUUGAUGAUGCGCCGCUGCCGGCAUUUGCAUGUGCCAACGGCUCCUCGCUCGGGUAAUGUCAAAUGAGUUCUAAUGUUCGGAAGACCCUGGCCUCCACCACCAACACAAUGGAAUGGCUUCGUUGCGGACUAGUUAGCUGAAUAACUUAAAUGAGGCAUGAGUACGAUUUGUUUUGUAUACCAUAGCGGAGUCAUAUGAUUAUCACACAAUGACAACAACAACAGCGGUAAUACCAGUCGUAAACAGAUAUAUGUAUAAUACUUAUGGUAUAUUGAUCAAGGAUUUACAUUGUUAUGCACUCAAUGGUAUGUUCAUAUGACAAAAAAAAACUUGCGCACCCACUGACUGAUUUUCAACCAAAUAUACAUAUAUACAUAUGUAUGGUAUAUAGAGUAAGCGUGAUUGAUCAAGAUAAUCAAAUAUACGGAAGUGCCGGCAAAAAUGUAUAGAUUAUUUAAUUUUGUUUAAAUCUCUCAUUUUGAUAAUCAAAUGUUUAAACAGCACACUCACAGCGUCUACCGUGUAUAUGUAUGUAUGUAUGUAAGUACAUAUACACACAAUCCAUGCACAUAAGGAACUGUUUUGCAGUGGUCGAACUCAGGAAAUUUCCUCCAACUCAAUGAGACUUAUUAUAACGAUAUGUAAACAUGUACACAUGUAUUUUCAAUUAGGUUUCAGUGGCAUUGAAUCAAAAAUAAUUUCCUUAUGUGCAUCGCUUUCAACUAAGUAAUAAAAAAAUAAAUAUUAGCAAUAAUUACAAUAAUUUUAAGAAAAAUUCUAAAUAUAAAAAAUAAUAAGCUUAAGCCAAAUGUACUUCAUAUAUAAUGAUUAUACGUACACAUGUGUACAUACAUACAUAUAAAGAAUUGUUCUUUGAAUUUUUUAAGCUUAAGAUUUUAUAUAUUUUAAAUUUCAAUAAAAUGAAGAAAUAUUA